UCCAAACCCAAACCCAAACCCAAACCCAAACCCAAACCCAAACCCAAACCCAAACCCAAACCCAAACCCAAACCCAAACCCAAACCCAAACCCAAACCCAAACCCAAACCCAAACCCAAACCCAAACCCAAACCCAAACCCAAACCCAAACCCAAACCCAAACCCAAACCCAAACCCAAACCCAAACCCAAACCCAAACCCAAACCCAAACCCAAACCCAAACCCAAACCCAAACCCAAACCCAAACCCAAACCCAAACCCAAACCCAAACCCAAACCCAAACCCAAACCCAAACCCAAACCCAAACCCAAACCCAAACCCAAACCCAAACCCAAACCCAAACCCAAACCCAAACCCAAACCCAAACCCAAACCCAAACCCAAACCCAAACCCAAACCCAAACCCAAACCCAAACCCAAACCCAAACCCAAACCCAAACCCAAACCCAAACCCAAACCCAAACCCAAACCCAAACCCAAACCCAAACCCAAACCCAAACCCAAACCCAAACCCAAACCCAAACCCAAACCCAAACCCAAACCCAAACCCAAACCCAAACCCAAACCCAAACCCAAACCCAAACCCAAACCCAAACCCAAACCCAAACCCAAACCCAAACCCAAACCCAAACCCAAACCCAAACCCAAACCCAAACCCAAACCCAAACCCAAACCCAAACCCAAACCCAAACCCAAACCCAAACCCAAACCCAAACCCAAACCCAAACCCAAACCCAAACCCAAACCCAAACCCAAACCCAAACCCAAACCCAAACCCAAACCCAAACCCAAACCCAAACCCAAACCCAAACCCAAACCCAAACCCAAACCCAAACCCAAACCCAAACCCAAACCCAAACCCAAACCCAAACCCAAACCCAAACCCAAACCCAAACCCAAACCCAAACCCAAACCCAAACCCAAACCCAAACCCAAACCCAAACCCAAACCCAAACCCAAACCCAAACCCAAACCCAAACCCAAACCCAAACCCAAACCCAAACCCAAACCCAAACCCAAACCCAAACCCAAACCCAAACCCAAACCCAAACCCAAACCCAAACCCAAACCCAAACCCAAACCCAAACCCAAACCCAAACCCAAACCCAAACCCAAACCCAAACCCAAACCCAAACCCAAACCCAAACCCAAACCCAAACCCAAAGUUUAG